UCAUUCCCAUUCCCUUACCCGAACCAAGCGCCCCCUUAGUAAUGGUCCAUUCCUAUAUUUAGAGGAAUGAAUCCGUGGGUCCCACCAUCAUUUCCCCAAACCAAGCACCAAGUUUCAUUCCAUUCCCAUUCCAAACCCCCCAAACAAACAGCCCUUGAUCAGUUCUCAAUCUCACAUUUGGAAUGAGUUUGUUUUUAUUUUUUAUUUUUAUUUUGUUUUCUUUGUUCUAAUAGAUAUCUAUAUCUUUAUAUUAUAUAUUAUAUAUUUUUUGGGUCCAGAAUACUGUGUUUUCAUGAUCACUCUUACAAUGUUUUUUACAAACAUUAUAAAUAGAAUAACCCUUGUAUACAAAUAUCUGGAUGUUAAUGAGAGUGUGGUAGUCUACAAUCCCUUAUGAUUAUACUUCGUUCAUAGGUAAUGUCUAGUAAUUAAGUCAUUAUGAUAUAUUUUUUCUUCUGCUCUAGAUGCUCUUUUUGCAAUUACCUUGCAUGAGACUUUUGGCAGAAUGAUACAUCAAUCAAUUGAAUUCAAGGACAUUAAAAUUCAAUUGUCACAUAGUUUCCCUAGGUUUGGGGCAAGUUUUUAUGUGUUUGUUAUUAAUUAAUUAGCAAAUAACCUAGCUUGCCGUAUAGAAUCUCCAUGAUAUGUACUCGAGGUAUUUUCCUAAAUUAGUUUCAGAACAUUUAUACACAAAAACUUAUUCCGAAAGAGUUGCAUUCAGAUAUGCAAUGCAGAAAAUGUGCUAUCUUGUAGCUUUUUACUGAUUAACUUUGAUUUUCAUGACUCCAGAUGUUGGUAAUUUGUGUGUAAUAUUUUUUGCUGGGAAAAUACUUGAUGCAGGUUCCACUCUUUUAAGAAUGUCACCAUCUGUUUUCUUUGGAAAUCUUCAUCAAUUGCUGAACAACCUGGGCAGCAAUUCAACUAUCAAGUUUCUCAAGCUCCAAUAUUGCACUUGUAAACAAUUUCAUGUUUGGAGAUACAAUCAACAAAAUUCAGCACCAGUAAAUGAAGCAAGAUUUGGACUGCAGAGUUCUAUUGCAGCAUGUAACAACCCUCUGUCAAAUCUUCAGAAUGAAUUGGUGUCUGUCAGAGCUUGGUCAAGUAAAACUACCAGGUUGAAGUCGAGAAAGUUAUCAACAAACAGAGCUACUCCACGUAAAAUUGAGAAACUAAUAGUGAGGGCAUCAACAACAAAUAGCAAAAAUCAGACAGAGCUUCUUCAACCUAAAACUGUUAAUUGUAAUGGUUUCCAGCAAAGUACUUCUGUUAGGAAAGCUAUAGAUUGGCCUGCGACUAUUCUUGUUUUUGACAUUGAAACAACAGGGUUCAGUCGACAAAAUGAAAGGAUCAUUGAGAUUGCAAUUCGCGAUCUUAUUGGUGGCAAGGACAGUACUUUUGAAACACUUAUUAAUCCGAAGAAACCUGUAUCAAAUACAUAUGUUCAUGGAAUUCAAUAUGAUAUGGUUAACCGGCCUGAUGUCCCAACGUUUAGAGAGCUACUUCCUAUCCUCCUGCAAUAUGUUCGGAGUCGCCAAAUGCCUGGAAAACCUGUUAUAUUGGUCGCUCACAAUGCGCGUCUGUUUGAUGUACCAUUUAUCACCAAUGAAUUCCAGCGCUGUUCGAUGGAUAUUCCUGAAGACUGGGGAUUUCUCGAUACUCUUCCUCUUGCACGUCAAUUGGUAAUGCCAGACGGUAUACAAUCGAUGCAAUGCCUUGAUUUGGAUCCUUGCCCGUUGAGGGAAGGGCGCUCUCUUUCUAGUGUACUUGUUCGGUGGCAAGGCAGACGAGGGGUUGGGACUGAGGACUGAGGAUGGGAUCUCUAUGAAUGGAGAGCUGAGCUACAAGGAUUUCAGGCCCUUCAGCAAACCAGGUCUUGAGCAUUUGUGUUUUGAGCGGAGGAAGGAUCAUGAGUAGGAGGAAACCUCAUGCCCACAAGGAAGAAUUUUGUAUUGGUGUUGUUUUUGUGUCUUGGAGCGAAAGAGGAACAACCGUUAUUCUCAGCUGUGUCAGGGGCACUCACGACACAAGACUUUAAUCCUUGCCAGUGAUAGGCAAGUUGACAUGCUUAACCUGACUAAUCAAGGUUGCAGUAACCACAAUUAAUGGGAAUCACAUAUUAAACAUUCAUUCUGAUUUAUUCUAUUAAUCAUACCACUUUUAACAACUCUUACAUGCAAGUCAAAUUGUGUUGAAACCGAGUGAUUGAAACUGUAUCUGUUGGUAUUAGUUCUUUACUUCAUGCAGUGUGGUUAAAUCUUGCAGAGUGCAAGUUUAUAUCAUUGUUGAUACAACAAAAAUGACAGAGAUCAAAUAACUGCCAUGAUCCAAAACAUCUGUAAUAUCUUACAUUAUGCUGAUUCUUAUUUUAGCAUCAUUUCAUUCCUAGACGCAUUUAUUGUAUUUCAGCAUGCUUGACUACGAUAGAGCCAUAAAAUGCCUGAAGAUCCAAAAUUACAAGCAACGUAUACUUCAAUAACACCCCUUCUAUUUCUG